UCACCCGCCCCGGAAGUGCAAGCCCAGGGGUCUCCCAGGUGUGGAUUCAGCAGGUGAAGUCGGGUGCUUACGAGAUGCCGGGAGCCGCGGCGAAGAGCUCGGACUUGUCCGAGAGGAUCGAGAGCUUUGUGGAGAUCCUGAAACGGGGCGGCGAGCAGCGCAGCUCCGAGGACAUGGCUCGGGAGACCCUGGGGCUGCUGCGCCGUAUCAUCACCGACCACCGCUGGAGCAACGCGGGGGAGCUGAUGGAGCUGAUCCGCAGAGAGGGCAGAAGGAUGACGGCCGCGCAGCCGUCUGAGACCACCGUCGGCAACAUGGUGCGGAGGGUGCUCAAGAUCAUCCGGGAGGAGUAUGGCAGACUCCACGGACGCAGCGAUGAGAGCGAUCAGCAGGAGUCCCUGCACAAACUCUUGACAUCCGGAGGUCUGAGCGAGGAUUUCAGCUUCCAUUAUGCCCAACUCCAGUCCAACAUCAUUGAGGCGAUUAAUGAGCUGCUAGUGGAGCUCGAAGGGACAACCGAGAACAUUGCCGCCCAGGCUCUGGAACACAUCCACUCCAACGAGGUGAUCAUGACCAUUGGCUUCUCCCGAACAGUAGAGGCCUUCCUCAAAGAAGCUGCCCGAAAGAGAAAAUUCCACGUCAUUGUGGCAGAGUGUGCUCCUUUCUGCCAGGGUCAUGAAAUGGCCGUCAAUUUGUCCAAAGCAGGUAUUGAGACGACUGUCAUGACUGAUGCUGCCAUCUUUGCUGUUAUGUCAAGAGUCAACAAGGUGAUCAUUGGCACAAAGACUAUCCUGGCCAAUGGUGCCCUAAGAGCUGUGACAGGGACUCACACUCUGGCACUGGCAGCGAAACAUCAUUCUACCCCUCUCAUCGUCUGUGCACCUAUGUUCAAGCUUUCCCCGCAGUUCCCCAAUGAAGAAGAUUCAUUUCACAAGUUUGUGGCUCCUGAGGAAGUCCUGCCUUUCACAGAAGGGGACAUUCUGGAGAAGGUCAGCGUUCAUUGCCCUGUGUUCGACUACGUCCCCCCAGAGCUCAUUACCCUCUUUAUCUUCAACAUUGGCGGGAAUGCACCUUCCUACAUCUACCGCCUGAUGAGUGAACUCUACCAUCCUGAUGAUCAUGUCCUAUGACCACCCCUCGUCCUAAGCAGAAGUUGCUUAGGCAGACACAGAAUGGAGCGGAGACUUCAGUGCUGCUGCUGCAUCCUCCUUGCAGUGAGGGAGUGAACGGGAGUCAACCUAAAAAAGACUCGGUACCGUAUCCUGCCUUUUUAAAUCCCAUAACAAAAGCACACGUCCAGAACUGUUUCUUGCCUUUCAGGUCUUAACAGAGCAGCAGGGCUUAACCUAUUGAUUUUGGAGCCUCUCAGUGACCUGGUUGUGUGUUUCAGGAACUUAAACUUUCUGGUUCAGUGGUAUGUUAAACAUAACACUGAAUAUCUUGCUGGGAUACAGAUUUUUGCUCAGAAUUGGCUACCACACCUUUUCCUAGGCUGUGCCAAUAAAAGCUACUUGAAUGUU